AUGGCUCCAACAGAAAGCAACAAGCGCUUGGCCUUGGCCAUUAUCGAUUUCCUCGGCUCCAGCCUGAAAGAUGGCACCCUCACCGCUGACGAUGCUGAGUCUAUUGAAAUCGCCCAGUCUUGUAUCGCGGAUACCUUCAAAGUUGACCCUACUGAUGAGGCCGCUGUGAAGGAUGCCGUGGGCGGACAAUCGUUGGCCGGAAUCUACAGCGUCUACGAGAAGCUGCGCAACAAGUCAACCCCGCAAUCGGCUGCAGGAGCUCAGACUUCCCAGGAGGAGAAGCCCAAGUCCGGUGUACCCACACCUGAAUCCGAUAAGCUGAAGUCCGAGGGCAAUGCUCUCAUGGCCAAGAAGGACUACGCCGCUGCCAUUGAGCAAUACACCAAGGCUCUCGAGAUCGCCCCGGCCAACCCCAUCUAUCUCUCCAACCGCGCCGCCGCAUUUUCCGCUUCCGGCCAGCACGAGAAGGCCGCGGUGGAUGCAGAGGUUGCUGCUGCCGCCGAUCCCAAGUACUCCAAGGCAUGGAGCCGCUUGGGUCUCGCUCGCUUCGAUAUGGGAGACUACCAUGCCGCCAAGGAGGCAUACGAGAAGGGUAUUGAGGCCGAGGGCAACGGUGGCAGUGAGGCCAUGAAGCGUGGAUUGGAGACAUCGAGACGCAAGCUUGAAGAGACCAACCGGAACACCGAGCCCCCAUCUGAGGAACUGGACACUGCUCCUGGUGCCUCGCGCGGUGGUGCCGGUGGCAUGCCUGACCUGUCUUCCCUGGCUAGCAUGCUUGGUGGCGGAGCUGGCGGCGCUGGUGGUGCUGGUGGUAUGCCCGACCUGGGCUCCCUGAUGAGCAACCCGAUGUUCUCCAGCAUGGCACAGAAUCUCAUGAGCAACCCUGAUAUGCUUGGCAACCUGAUGAGCAACCCCCGCCUCCGCCAGAUGGCCGAAAACUUUGGUCAGGGUGGCGGCAUGCCUGACAUGUCCAGCCUGAUGAGCGACCCCAACAUCGCGGAUAUGGCUCGUAACAUGAUGGGCGGCGGUGGCGCCGGUGCCGGUGCUGGAGGCCAGAAGUAA